AUGGUGUCAUUAGCAAUUGUUGGAUCUGUAACAAAGAUUCCAUUAUAUUCUGAUCGAGUUGAAAUGAUUGGCGCAGCCAAAAAUGGAAUCGAAUUGCUACAAUUGUUAACGGAGCAUAUACCAGAUAUAAUACUUCUUGAUAUUUACAUGCCUGAAAUGGAUGGCUGGAAAGUACUUAAAUUAAAAGAAGCGAUUUUAAAAGGAGCCCGCGCUUACAUUGACAAACUAGACGGAUCAAUGGAUGAGAUAGUAGAAGCGAUUAAUAGCGUUUCUGACGAUGGAUUUUAUUUCAAUGAUCUGAUUGCACAGGAAAUAAUAAUUAAGCUGAGAAGUGGAAAGGACAUUUCGUCAUUAGAAGACGAAUCGUGGAGGAAGCGGCUGACCAACUACAGAAAGAGUCUGAAAAGAGAGGCUGCAAGAGUAGACUAG